UCACCCCAUGUACAAUGAGGAAACUGAGGCACAGAGAGGUUAAUGACUUGCAAAGCUCUGAUAAUAACUUGUAUUUAAUAUCAAAUUUCAGCUUCCUCAAAACCUUUGGAGACAAUUAUAUAAGCCAGGAUAAGUAGUUAUGCUUCAGUAACAAACACCCCCCCAACCUCCUUCAUGGCUUAUAGCAAUGAAGACUUACUCCUUGUUCAUGUGUGUUCCAUAUAAGGACUUUAUGCAAAAUAACCCCCAAAUGUGGAAGGAGACAAUAAACCAAAAAAGAGGGAGACAAACACAGUUCAUUGGUAAGGGGUGAUUUAUUUGGGGAACUUACAAAGGGAAGCAUGGUCUUGGGUGGCAGCAAGACAGGUCUAUCUCCACACAGUUACUCCCUAAUCCUAAGGCUUAUCUCACAUAGGGAAGGGGAAUACUUACUUUAGCAAGACAAUUAAGGGUUAAGACAAUUAACCCUCCAGAACAGGCAAGAAUGCUGUUUGUGUCAUAGCCUAUAAUUUGUGUGACAGCAUCAAGGUUGACAUGUUCUUACACUAGGGACAGUAAGUAAAGUAGAAAUCAGAAGGAAUUCCCAGGACUGGGAUUAAUCAGAAGUCAACAUGGCGGAUUACCAUCCAAGAUGGAGUCACCUUUGUCUCCACAGUGUGACAUGCCUAUUAUAGAUUAGCUGAGGCUCUGCUCCAUGCCACCCUGACUCUAGAGCCUCAGCUGACAGUACAACCUGUGCUUGGAGCAUUUGGUUAUCGGGACAUAAGGAAAAAGGAGCAAACUUGGCAGCGGUAAAAUGAAGUGGUUGCAAAUAUGAGCUGGACCUGGAUUCAAGUCCUGCCUCUGUCCUCGACUAGCUCUGGGAGCUUGGGGGGAUGACAUAAAUCCUCUAUCUCAGUGUCCUUGUCUGUAAAAUAGGGAGAGCAAUGCCUUCUUCAUAGGGUGGUGGUGUCAGCUCAGUCAACUAGUAAAGCUCACAACAUGUUGUCAAUAAGUAACACCUAUUAUUAUUUCAUUCUGGCAAUGAGCCAUCUAGCUUUUGCUCAUGAGCACAUAUAUGGUUUACACUUUUUUUUUUUUUUUUUUGAGAGAGGGUCUUGCUCUCUUGCCCAGGCUGGCACCAUCACAGCUCACUGCAGCAUUGCCCUCCUAGGCUCAACUGAUCCUACCUUAGCCUCCCGAGUAGCUGGGUCUACAGGUGCUCACCACUAUGCUUGGCUAACUUUUAUAUUUUCUGUAGAGAUAGGGGCCUCGCUAUGUUGCCUGCUGGUCUCAAACUUCUGAGUGCAAGUGAUCCUCCAUCUUUAGCUUCCCUCUUUGAAAUCCCAAAGUGCUGGGAUUUCAGGUGUGAACCACUGCACCCAGCCUGGCAAUACUUUUAGUGUUUUACGAUUAAGCCUCAUAUGAGGUUUUGAUUAUAUGGACAUACAUAAACACAGUAAGAAGCCAGUAAUUCUUUAACAUUGUCACUAUUGUUGUUCAAUAUGAAUAUAUGCUUAAUUUAUUAAGCUUAUCUAGAAAUGACUGGUUACAGAAUUUUUUUUUGUAAGCUUUCUCAGCAUCUAGGGUUACUGAAUGUUAUUAAAAGUCUUUUUAGUGUAUCUAUAGAUAUGGUUGCAUAUUGAUAUAUUCAGAAAGGUCAAAAGAUAAAUUGCGUAAUGUCCUAAUAUCAAACCAUCCUUACACUCCUGAACACACAUCUCCCAGCUCCCAGAAUAGGCUCCAUUGCCUUUACCACACUGCCCUUUAAGAAGUGAUGGGUGAAACUGAGGCAAACAGGAAGGCAGAUGCCCAGGGAAAUUGAGUAACAGUGGUUCAAUUCAUUCACCAUCAGUUUACACAGGGCCAACUUUUAUCUGUCCUGAAGACUUCAGCCAUGGUAUGAGAAAUUUGGAUUAAAUGGACAAUGGCAUCGCCUCUACCUAAAACAGGGAUAUUCGCGUGCCAGUACAGUCAGGCAUGUCCCAAAUACCAGUUUUCCUCCAAAAGCUGUUGUGUAUGUAUCUAAAUACAGUCUUACUCCUGCCCUGCAUCCUGCUCCCAGACUCCAUUUCCCAGCUUUCCCUCGCAGUCAGAGCCCUUAGGCCGGGAGGAGCAUGAGCCUCAAUGGUUUCUGGGAAAUGUAGUCCAGCUGCGAUGCCGAGUUUAAAGUACCGGGACUUACGGUUCCGAGACAGGGACCGCGCAGGCGCGUUCCGGGACCCGGCGGAGGAAGGGAAGGCCUGGCUGUCCAGCGGAAUCCACCUGGACGCACGGACCUCGCGGACCCGACCGGAGCAGCUCUUCAGGCCCUGGCGUGGACCCUUCUCCCACAGGCACAUGCCCAGGACCCAGCAAUGGCCAACGGGACCCUGAUGGCUGAGGGCCAGAGUGAAACUGGCCCUUGCAGGAAUCAUUGACCUUCAAGGAUGUGGCUGUGGACUUCACCCUGGAGGAGUGGGGCUGGCUGGAGCCUGGCCAGAGGGAGCUGUACCGAGACGUGAUGCUGGAGAACUACCGGAACCUUCUCUCCCUGGGGGCAGGGCUGCCUGGGUCCAAACCCGAUGUGAUCUCCCGUCUGGAGCGAGGGGAAGAGCCGAGGCAGGAGGAGAGAGAGGCCCGGCGAGUUACCUGUCCAGACUUGGAGACGAGCUCUGUGACUAUUCGAGAGACACCUCGAAAAAAGAGCAUUUCUGAAGAUUCAGCUUCCCCAGUAGAGGGACCUUUAAGGGCUAUGCUUGGAGAUGCCCAGGUGGGGAAACCCUUGGCAUGUCACUAUCAAUCGGAGGAUGCAAGAAAGCAGGAGAGGCAUUUGAGGUGUUUAUUUGCUACUCCCAAGGGAGACACCUCAAGGGAGAGAGGCCUUGGGUGUAACGAGCUUGGGAGAAGCCUCUGGCAGGCCUCAACCCUCAUCCUGAAGCAACGGGUGCCCCAUGGAGACAGGCCCCGGAAGUGGGGCAGGCCCUGGAAGAGCUUGAAACGCCAAAGGACGUUGAUGGAGAAGAAUCCAUUUAACUGCACGGAAUGCGGGAAAGCCUUCAUUUACCAUUCGGACUAUAUUCUCCAUCAGCGAAUUCACACGGGGGAGAAGCCCUACAAGUGCCAUGACUGCGGGAAGGCGUUCAGCAACAGCUCGUAUUUCAUUCAGCACCACAUCAUCCACACAGGCGAGAAGCCCUAUGCCUGCCACGCGUGUGGCAAGACCUUCACUCAGAGCUCUUCGCUUACCGAGCAUCAGAGGAUUCACACCGGAGAGAAGCCCUACAAAUGCAAGGACUGCGGGAAGGCCUUCACACAGAGCUCAUCCCUCAUCAAACACCAGCGGUGCCACACCGGGGAGAAGCCCUACAAAUGCGGCCAGUGUGGGAAGUUCUACUCGCAGGUCUCCCACCUCACCCGCCACCAGAAAAUCCACACGGGGGAGAAGCCCUACCAAUGUGGAGAGUGUGGCAAGGCCUUCUGUCACACCUCCUCCCUGACCCAACACCAGACCAUCCACACUGGGGAGAAACCCUACAAAUGUAACGAGUGUGGGAAAACGUUCAGCCACAGCUCAUCCCUGACUCAGCACCAGCGAGUCCACACUGGAGAAAAACCCUAUGAGUGCACUGAUUGUGGCAAAGCCUUCAGCCACAGCUCGUCCCUGACUCAGCAUCAGCGAAUUCACACUGGCGAGAAGCCCUACGCGUGUCACGAGUGUGGGAAGGCUUACACGCAGAUUUCCCACCUCAUGAGGCACCAGAGCACUCACGUGGGGGAAAAGCCCUACGUAUGCAAUGAAUGUGGGAAGGCUUUCAGCCACACCUCAUCCUUUACUCAGCACCAGACCAUCCACACUGGUGAGAAGCCCUACAAAUGUACCGAGUGUGGGAAAACCUUCAGCCAGAACUCCUCCCUCACACGCCACCAGAGGAUUCACACAGGGGAGAAACCCUAUGAAUGUAAAGUGUGUGGGAAAGCCUAUACCCAGAUCUCCCACCUCAUUCAACACCAGAGAAUUCACACUGGAGAGAGGCCCUACGAGUGCAGCGAGUGUGGGAAAGCCUUCAGCCGGAGCACGCACCUCAUUGAGCACCAGAAGAUCCACACUGGCGAGAAGCCCUAUAAGUGUAAGGAGUGUGGGAAAACCUUCAGUCACAACUCCUCCCUCACUCAACAUCAGAGGAUUCACACCGGCGAGAAGCCCUACGCCUGCAAGGAAUGUGGGAAGGCCUUCAACCAGAGCAUCCACUUAAUCCAACACCAAAGGAUUCACACUGGAGAGAAGCCUUACAAGUGUAGCGACUGUGGGAGAACCUAUACCCAGAUCUCACACCUUCUCCAACAUCAGAAGGUCCACACUGGCAGCAAACGCUACACAUGUGAGGAGUGUGGAGAGGGUUUCAGCUGGAGUUCGCACCUGACUGAACACCGGAGGCUUCACACUGGCCAGGAUGCCUACAUCUGUGAUAAUUUUGAGAAAGCCUUUGCUUGGGGCACACAGCUUGCUGAUCAUCAGAGAACUCAUGCUGAUUAGACAACCUGAGUGUAUAAUGAGCUGGCUGUCCUGCUGUUAGGUUCCAUCCCACCUUCAUCAACACUAGGAACCCUAGGAAAAAUUUUGCCUUCAGGAACAGAUGGAUCCAGGUGCAUAAAUGGCCUUUCAGCAAUCUGCUCUUCAUCAACACUAGGAACUCCCCAGAGAAGGAUGCUGGCGCCAUAUGUUGAGAUGGUUUGUUCCUUUGUUCCCUAGAGGGAAGGUGGCACAGUUUUUCACUAACUGGGACAGGUUCUGAUCAUUCUGGGGGCUUCCCUUGCAUAUUUCCUCCACCCUGCCAUGUCCCUAGAUUGUGGUAUAGUUAGAGGGUGGUCCAAAAGGGAUGCCAUUUCAUCUGGGACCUUCACCAACAACAGCUCUCUCCAAGCUUCUUCAACUGAUUCAUCCUUCCUUAAACUGGAGCCUGAGCCGGGUGCGGUGGCUCACACCUGUAAUCCCAGCACUUUGGGAGGUCAAGGUGGGUGGAUCACGAGGUCAGGAGAUUGAGACCAUCCUGGCUAACAAGGUGAAACCCCUUCUCUACUAAAAAUACAAAAAAUAGCUUGUAGUCCCAGCUACUCGGGAGGCUGAGGCAGGAGAAUGGCAUGAACCCAGGAGGCGGAGCUUGCAGUGAACUGAGAUUGUGCCACUGCACUCCAGCCUGGGCAACAGAGCAAGAAUCUGUCUCAAAAAAAAAAAAAGAAAGAAAUUUAAACUGGAGACUGAAUAUUCAAUGGGGGAAGUCAGCUGUAAAGAUUAACCCUUUAAAGUAACAUUUUUAGUUUCCUUUAAAACUUUAAGCUACAAAUAUCAGAAUCUGCAGUUGGCUUAAACAAUAAAUAUGUUUCAUAUAAAUAUGAAUAUAAAUAUAAAUGUUUCACAUAUUUA